CGCUUGGAUUCCACAACUGACUAAAACCUAGAAGGCUAGAGAUCUCUUCAUUUCUACGAAUUCUUUGAGUGACACCUCCGUUGGCGAUCUAGUGUUUGUCCUUCGGAUCAUCCGCCAUGGCUUUGCCCCCGGAGCGAGUUGUACAAGAGGUCGGCAAGAGCCUUGCCCGACCUCGCCUCGGCAAGGAUGCUUUGGUGAAGCUACUUAAGGAUGCAGAAGUUGCCUUAUCUAAGUUGAAUCAGUCUUCUUCUUUACAGAUAUCUCUAGGACCAUUAACUAAUUCUCUUUCUCACAUAAAUUUACUUCAGCAUAAAGAUAAAGAAGUUAAAUUACUGGUUGCUGUAUGUUUAAGUGAAAUUAUGAGGAUUUUGGCACCUAAUGCUCCUUUUACUGAUGAAAUAUUUAAGCAUGUUUUUAGGCUUAUUAUUGACACCUUCAUGGACUUGGUUGAUACUGCUAGUCCAUAUUUUACGAGGAGGACAAAGAUACUGGAGAGUGUUGCCACUUUGAAAUGUUGUGUGAUAAUGUUGGAUAUUGAUUGCGAGGAUUUAGUUCUGGAUAUGUUCAAAGUUAUUUUCUCUGUUAUCAGACACGGUCAUCAAAGAAGCUUGUUCCAAGCUAUGCUGUCAAUUAUGACACUUCUUAUAGAGGAGAAAGUUACCCAACCACUCCUGGAGAUCAUUUUGCGACAACUGGUGAAGACUGAGAAGGGAGCAUCCUUUCGGCUUGCUGUUUCAUUGAUACAGAACUGUGCUGGAAAGCUGGAGCCAUCAAUUUGUAGUUUUUUAACAUCUUGCAAUUUUGAAAAUGAUACAUGUGAAAUUAUUUUGGAGAUAUUUCAAUGCGCCCCACAGAUUCUCACCAGCAUCAUCCCAAACUUGACCCAAGAACUACUAACUGAGCAGGUGGAUAUUCGUUUGCGUGCUGUUCGUUUAGUUGGAAACCUUCUUGCCAAAUCUGAGCUCCGUUUUGGCCAGACAUACUAUGCAUUCUUUGUUGAAUUCUUAAACAGAUUCUCUGAUAAAUCUACAGAAAUCCGGAUUGCCACAAUAGAGUGUGCUAGAGAAUGUUACAUGGCUCAUCCCUUUGGCAAGGAAGCACAUGAUAUUCUCUCUGCGCUUGAAGGAAGAUUGCUUGAUUUUGAUGAUAAAGUGAGAUUAGCAGCUGUCUUUGCAGUUUGUUAUCUUGCUAAAUCUAAUUUGACAUGUUUUCCAUCUGAGAUUGUACUGCAAGCUGUGGAAAGGCUUCGUGAUAAAAAGGUUUCUGUUAGAAAGAAAGUAUUAGAUGAGCUAUUGGUGUUAUACCAUGCAUACUGCAACAAAUGUUCUGAAGGAUUACUUACACUCAAUGAUCACUAUGAACAAAUUCCCUGCAAAAUUUUUGGCUUUUGCUUUGAGAAGGAUUGCAAGGAGUUCAGUCAACACAACCUUGAACAAAUCCUUGCAGAUGGCAUGUUUCCAGCAUCACUUUCUGUAAAAGAGAGGAUAAAACAUUGGAUUACUUUUUUUUCAAUGUUGAAGUUGCCUCACAGAAAGGCUUUAAAAUCUAUCUUACAUAAGAAAUGGAGGUUUCAGGUGGACCUAAAAGAAUAUUUGAGUCUACGAGAUAAAGAAAAGGAAAUUACUUCAGAAGAUGCUUGCAACAGGAUAUUGUUAUUGCAUAUGAAGAUGUCCUCUAGUUUCUCUGAUCCUUCUAAAGCUGUUGAGUGCUUCCAAAAAUUGCAACAAAUGAAGGAUAAUAAUAUUUUUAAGAUAUUGCUUGCAUUGGCUGAUGAAUAUGUAUCUCCUUCAGCUAUUCAUUCUAUUCAUGUUUCUCUUCUUAAGAAGAUUGGGGAUAAGCAUCCAUAUUGUGAUUUUUUCAAUACACUCUCUAGAAAGUGUUCAUAUUCAAUAUUCACCGCUGAACAUGUACAUUGUAUUUUGGAAGCUAUUAUAUCUGAAAAAGACAAUCAAUCUAAAGUUAUGCAUGCCUCUUUAGAUCUUCUAAUUGUCAUUCUAUCCAUAUUUCCCAUGUUGAUAAGAGGAGCAGAAGAAUUCCUGCUGAAGUUAUUCUCCAUGGGGACUGCAAUGUAUAAUGAAAAGGCUCUUCAGAUUUUAUCAACAGCAGGUCAACAUAUUUCUGUAGAACUCAGAGAUAUAUACCCAUUUUUGGAACAUAAAUGCCUUGAAGGAACGCGUAAUGAGUCUAAACUUGCUGUGUCGGCAAUGUCUUCACUUAAUUGUACUACUAGUGAUUGCACCUUUGCCACAUUAUGCAAGAAAGUAGUUGAUUAUUUGCAUAAUGAAAAUCAUGUCCCAACACUUCUUCAAACCUUGGGCUGCGUUUCACAGUACUCCCCUUCAUCCUAUGAAUUAUACAAGAAGGAAAUCAAGCAUUUUGUUGUCCAGGAACUUUUAUGUUCAAAGGGUCAUGUGUCAGAUUCAGAGCAAACAUUCUCCAUUGAUAACACUAUGUGCAGCUCAUCGUGCAAAUUGAAGAUAUAUGCAUUGAAAUCAUUGGUUAGGAGUUUCAUGCCUCAUCAACCAUUAAAGCUACAGCAUGACGUGAAUGAAUUUUUCAGCAUUCUAUCAGACUUAUUUCUUGAAGAUGGGAUCAUGAGCAAUAAUGGCAUAAGUCAAAAUGACAUGGUUCACCUCAGAUUGGCAGCUGCAAAAUGUGCUCUUCGCCUUGCAACAAGAUGGGACUUUCAUAUUCCACCAAAACUUUUUCAGUUAGUUAUUAUGAGUGCAAGGGAUCCUUCUUUUACUCUCCGUAAAGCAUUGAUUUAUAAAAUACAUAAGUUGCUAAAUGAACAAGCAAUACCUGACAGAUAUGCAUGUGCUUUUGCAUUGGCUUCAAUGGAUUGUGUGGGACAACUUCGAGAUGAUUCGAUGAAGUUCCUCAAUGAAUUCCUGAAAUUGCGGAGCAGACAAUUUAGCAUAAAAAUUGAUGAUGUAGCACAAAAGAGAGAUGCAAUUGCAAACACAAAACAUCCCGGAUAUGUUGUAGUUUUCCUAAUCCAUGUUCUCGCCCAUGAUAAAAACUUUCCUCCCGACAAUUGCCAAGACUAUGAAACUUAUGCUGAGUUCCUUAGUCCACUCAUUAUCAUGUUACAGGCUUUAGUACAUUUGGGCGAUAAACAGAAUGAUCUGAGUCAAAUAACAUCAUAUAUGCUGGGUAUUUUCUCUGCAAUUCAGAAGGCUGAUGAUGUUGUUGAUGCUAUAUGUACCCAUAAAUUGCAUGUUUUGUCAAAAAUAGGUUCUCUUGCAAUAAAACAUCUGACUAUGCAUUGCAAGAUUUCCUCGGAUGCUUCCCAUCUUGUGUUGCUACCAUCAUUAUACUUCAAGGUUUGCCAGGAUGCAAAUGACCAAGGGAGAUCAACUGCCACUGAUAAGUUAUUGGAAGGAGGUUUUGUGAGGCAGAUUCUCAGUAUAUUUGAAUCUUACAUAAAUCAGCCCACAGACACUGAAUCUAAACAGAGUAUCAAGCUUAUUGAUCCUCGGAGUUGCGAUGUUAUAAAGGACAUAUCAAACAUUGCAAAUCUGGAUAGACAUGUUGAUCCAUCACUCGGUAAAUCAAAGAUGAAAAAUAACCUCAGAAAGGGGCUUCAGAAAGUUUGCUUAGAUUCUUCUUUGAUAUCAGCACAAUCCGUCCAUGAUGAAAUAAAUCUAGAACCUGGAACUGCUGAGGAUGAAGUGACAGAAGAGUUGAUAUCUUCUUCUGGUUCUGUUAGUAUACCUCCUGCAGUUACAACUUCAGGGGUUUCAAAAAAAGCCCUUGCUUCUAAGGAGUUAAUGCUAUUAGCAAGUGAGAAUUUUGUAACAAGUAAUGGGUUUACCAAUCGUCCCAAUGGAAUUUCAAAACCAAUUUCCAAAUGCCAUUUGGAUAUUAAGGUUACUACUGGUAGUGGUGACGUAGAUCUGUUCCACUUUCAAGAUAAGAAUUGGGAGGCCAUCAAUAAAGUGCCAAUUCUUGAUAAGAGUAGAUGCAACCUUCAAGCUACAGAUUGGUUAGAUUCUUCUAGUGGUGACAAGGAAGUCAUAGCUAUUGAUGGAGAUGAAAGUGACAAUAUAAUAGCUGAUCGUUGCAAUGAAAGAACAGUAACGUUGAAGGAAAACGCAUUAUCAUCUUCAGUUGCAGCUGGCAAAGGAAAUAACAAGAGGUCGCGACUAAGUGCUUUAGAAAGUUCAUCAAAUUUUGAAGAUCGGGUCAUGACUCGUUCUCGGAGGAGCCAACAAAGGAGGAAAUAGGCAUCCCAAUUUACAGCUGAUAUCGACUGCUUCAAGCAUAGCUGACAUAGUCAACAGCUGGAGAACCGUGGUUUGGGCGGUGAAUUAACGUUUAUGUUGAAAACAUAAAAUUAAAAAAAAAAAUCUAGUUUUUUAAAAUUUUUUGUGUUAGAGUUGUAUGUAAAUAAAUACUUAGCCGGAGUAAUAUCCUUAUUUUUUUUGUUUCUUUCCAUCUUUUGGGGUAAUUAUGUCUGAGGCCCCUUCGAGAUACAUUUCAUUUUACCCGUGAUUGCAAUAUUUUUUCUUGGAAUUCUGUUUAAUUGAUUAAAUAACUAAUUUUUGUUUCUUUUGUUUA